AUGGGCCAGUCGGUGGUUUUCGUCAUGCUUUUGUCGGUAAUAUUUACCGCUGGGGCAAAAACAUACGGAGAAGCGUCGCAACCAUCGGCCUCAGCACGUUCGUUACAGGGGGCCCUCGAUACAUGGUGCCAGGAGGUUUUUAAAAAACUGUGCGAUGACGGAUAUUCAAAAAUGUGUAUUCCAGCCAACCAGGUAGUUGCACGACAAGGCCUGGGUAGAAAAGACCAACAAAAGCUCGUAUGGCGGUGCUACGAUUCAGCGGCGUUUCUGGCCGAAGGCGACGAAAACAAUGUCCUCAGCUGCGUGGACGACUGUGGCGUUUCGAUACCGUGUCCUGGCGGAGUUGAUAGGGAUAAUAGUACCCACGCUACGCGACAUGAUGAGCUUUCCCAAUUAAUCAAGGAAGGAGUAGUGCGCUAUUGCAGUGGUUUCCAAGCGGCUGCCAACAGCUACUGCAACAAACGAUAUCCUGGGACUGUUGCGAGGAAGUCGAAGGGCUUCGGACACAAGGAACCAGUUAAAUGGAGAUGUUACAAGCCAGAGAGCUUAUUAUUUUCGGUUUUUUCUGAGUGCGUGAGUAACUGCGGAACAACCUGGUCCUGCCCUGGAGGACGAUUAGGGACAGCGACAAAUCUAGACAAAAAGCAUUUCACAGAUGAGUCCGGGAUUCUCCAGGCACUCACCUCUGUGCCGAAAGCAUGUCCAGUAGGCCUUGUUUGCCUCCCGAGGGAUCAGAAUCCCCCGGCGUGUUUAGAUGAUAACGGCAACGUCCCAGAAGAGGAGGGAGGGCAGCCCGUACAACCGCGUGACACGAAGUUGCCCGUUGAUGAUUCGGAACCGACCGAUGAAAGUGAAACUACACCUGGUGGAGGUGAUGAUCAGCCGAGCCCAAAAGAGGACGGGGACACAGACUCACCUGAUGAAGGUGACCAGUCCGGGGGUUCAGAGUGGUACAAACAGAUUCCGGAAAUCCGUGUCAUCGGUGACAGCCUGCAAGCAAUGCUCCACGCUGGGCAGCAGCUGAUGGUCACCUAUAGCUCUCCCCAACUCCAUGUUAGUGUGGGAUCAUGUCACAAACUCACGGUGAAUUUCUCCGAUUAUUAUUUGUCUUUUGACACCACCUCAAAGUCGGGGUCCGACGAAGUGGAACUGGACGAUGCAGCGGGAAGCGGAGAGCUCACGAUAGGACUGGGAAGCAGCGGCCGUGUGACUGUUGUCUUCCAGUAUGCCACAAACGGUGGGGGAAACAGAUAUGUUGCUUACACCGUCGGAGAUUCUGGAUGCAAAACAAUUGAAGCUGUUCUCCUUCACGGCCUGAAUCCUGGAGCGAAGCUCGUUAGGAAUACGAUAGGCGAUAAUUCUCCGGGUGAAUCUGAAUUGUAA